GCGCACACUUCUUGUUGAUGACAGGCUAGCUUCGUUGGUUGGUUGAUUUUGCCUGGCUAGCCUUGAACUUACUGCCUGCUUGACGUGAAAAGCAGGUUACUUUGCUGUGGACAUUCCUGUGGUGACUUUGGUAUUUCACCAUGCUACAGUUCCUGGCUGGAUUCACCCUGGGGAAUGUUGUGGGGAUGUACCUCGCUCAAAACUACGAGGUCCCCAACAUAGCCAAGAAACUUGAAGCUUUUAAGAAAGAUGUGGAGGCCAAGAAGAAGCCCCCAGAGUGAGAGAAGCAGGACCAUGUUGACGGCGAGAACAGACUGACGGCAGAGAAACUAUUUAUUUUACAGGGUUGUGAUAUAAUGAGUGUACAUUUGACAAAAAGAGUGAUAAUGUAAAAUAUGUAUGAGAAUAUUAACAGUGCCUGGAACAGUAUUUGUUUCCUCCCUUAGUUUUAUAGGCAUGUUCUUACUGUUGCCUAUUGUUUGUAAGAUAAAUUGUGCAGAGACUGAAUUUAAAGACCAUUAUAACAAACUAGUGGGAUCACUUUAUGUCCAGUGUCAUGGCACUGCUGGCUGGCCUUUUCUAUGGAUGCACUGUGGUGUUUUAACUUACACAUGACAUUCAUCAUCUCAUUACACAUUAGGUGGACAUAAUGUUUUCUACAAUGAGUAUUAAUAGAGUGUGCAUUUGCUCUUCUGUGUUGUAUUCCAUUAAAUUAAAAACAUUUCUCUCACAAGCUUCUCAAUUGUCAAAAACAGCUGCCAAGGUUUUUAUGAUAUUAGUGCAAACACAGUUCUGAUUUAAUCAGCGUACAAUAAAGAUACUGAUAAAGAA